AUUGACAGCUUUGAAAUCAGCGGAGCUCUUCACUACGACGGCUCUGACGCCUUCUGCCCGUCUGAAAUCGAGACACAGCUGCUCAAAUUUCAUAACGAAAGCUUGGCGUGUUCGUCCAUAAAACUGCCCGACAAAUGUCUUACAGGACAAGAUACUCCGAAAGGCGGAAUGACUCCCGUUCCUCUAAAGUAGAGGUUGACUUCACCUCGCCCGGUUUGGCAGUGAUGGAGGUUGAGCGGCUCCUCUUCUCCGGGAGAGCCAUCAACAGCCCAGCCAAUGAAGUCUGGCCGAGACUUUAUAUAGGAGACAUGGAUUUUGCUGAGAACCGCUCAGAGCUGCGCAGACGCAACUUCACUCACGUCCUGAACUGCGCCCAUAGCUCCAGGAGAGGUGCCGAGUUUUAUGACGGAAUGGGCAUCACAUAUCUGGGCAUCGAUGCCCAUGACUCGCCCGCCUACGACAUGACCGUCAACUUCGACACCGCAUCAGAGUUCAUUCACAAUGCACUCAGAGGAGGAGGUAAAAUCCUGGUGCACUGUCAUGUUGGCGUUAGCCGCUCGGCCACUAUCGUCUUAGCCUAUCUGAUGCUGAAACACAACAUGACCCUGGUGGAGGCGAUUAACACAGUUAAGGAGGGAAGAGGAAUCAUACCCAACAGAGGCUUCCUCAGGCAGCUCAUUGACCUUCAUGUUAAACUGUACGGCUACAGAACAUGAAGACUUCUGCUACAGCUAACAACCUCCGUUAGCACUGAAUGCUCAAGGUUCAAUGAGAAAGUUCAUUUAUAUUGUCUCUGGAAACAGAUCAGAGUGAAUGUAGUGUGAUUUUGACCAUUAAAGGGAAAUUUUUCA